UUAUCUGGGUUUGGUCUAUUAGAAACAGAAUAAUAUACUGUCCAUACAAUCUCUCUCUCAACGUCUAUGUGUUUUUAAAGCCCUACUAUCUGCUGGACAUUUCGAACCAAUGAGAAAAUUGUGAUGCUUAUAAUUGAGAAAUCCGACAGAAUUUUCAAGAAAAAAUGAUGAAUUGCAUGCUGAUGAAGUUCGUGAAUUAACGCUCGUACCUGUGCAGGAAAAUUGUCAAUGCAUGGUGUGGCAUCAGGCUGAGCAAUUAACCUUGAAAUUGGCCUAUAUAUUCCAGAGUGUCUAUGUGGCACUCUUGGAACCACUGGAAUGCAUUUAUGUCAUGAUCUGAUGGUGAAGUUGGUGCAAGUGUGAGAAACAUCUUGGGCAAACUACAGUGUACACCUUGGACCUGUUCCUUUGCCUUCAUGCAACUCUUCAUUAAUAAUGAAUGAAAAUGAAGGAUUCUUCUGGGUAUAAGGUUUUCAGGUCAAGGGCCUUAACUUGUUUUAGUGACCCUUAUUCUCCUGAAAAGCCCCCUUCUCUGGUGAGGCAUUAUCACAGGAUUAACUUCAAACACCUAAUAGACAAGGUUGUGUUUGCUGAAAGAGACCAGCAUAAAGAUUUCAGGUGUAUUGAUGACUCUUUUGUUUGUGCUAUAGAAUGGGUGAUACGAGUUUGAGGCAAUGGUUAGAUAAUCCUCAACGAUCAGUGAAUUUCUGUGAAUGCUUCAACAUAUUUAGGCAAAUAGUAGAAAUUGUUCAUGUGGCUCAUUCUCAAGGAAAUGCUGUUCAUAAUGUGAGGCCCUCUUGCUUUGUCAUGUCAUCUUUCAGCCAUGCCUCUUCUAUGGAUCCAGCAACUUGUUCAGAUGCUGACUUAGAUACUCCAGAAGAAGAUUCUGAGAUUAAAACUCCAACACUCACACCUAGCUGUGAUAUGCAUCAGCAGAGAUGUUUGGGAAGUGAUGAUUUUGUGCCUGCCAAGACUUCAAUAGCUUCUUUGUCAAGUGUGGUAUUUGUGCCACCUACAUCAUUAAUGGAAGACAUAGAAGGAAAUGAUGAGGAAGUUGCAGGAAAGAGACAAUUGUAUGCAAUAAAACAAGAACUGGUGAUGGAGUUGAGUUGGUAUACUAGUCCUGAAGAGGUUGCUGGUGCUGUAAGGUCCUGUGCUUCAGACAUUUUCCAGCUAGGAGUUCUACUUUUUGAGCUAUUUUAUCCACUCAGCAGAACAGAAGAAAAGAGCAGAACCAUGUCCAGCCUUAGAAAUAGAGUUCUUCCUCCACAGUUACUUCUAAAGUGGCCUAAAGAAGCUUCAUUUUGCUUAUGGUUACUACAUCCUGAACCCAGUCAUCGUCCAACAAUAGGGUAAAUUCUCUUCAUCACUUUCCUUUUACAUA